GACGUCGGAGGCGGUGCUGGGCUGCGGGUCGGAGCGGGUUGAGAGUGACUGUAGAGCAUAAACUUCUUCCUGUUGUCCCUCUAGAACACCUUUUUUUCCCCACGUAAUUCUGAUGGAAGACCAGCUGGGGCUCCUGCAGUGCUGAAUAGUUGCUUGGAGAAGUGGUGAAUGAGUGAAGAUACGCUCAGUGAUGGUUCAAACGUGGGAGCUGCUGCAGGUGUGGUUGCUGCUGGCGCUGCCCUGGGAAGAUGCCUUGACAGGGAAUUAACACCUGUCAGUGAUGGGCUGUGGGACAAGCAAAGUGCUUCCCGAGCCCCCCAAAGAUGUGCAGCUGGAUCUGGUUAAAAAAGUAGAGCCUUACACGGGCCACAGUGACAUCUACAAGCAUUUCAUCAAAGAUGAUGGUGGGGCUGUCAUCAAAGCCGGCUCUCCCUCACCCCCGCGUCACGCCAACCCGUUUCCUGGUAACCCCCUGCCUGCCCAGCCAGCCCAGCCCGAGCCCCGCAAGAACAAAGUGGCCAAAUACCGUGCCAAAUUUGACCCCCGAGUGACAGCCAAGUACGACAUCAAAGCCCUGAUUGGAAGGGGCAGCUUCAGCCGCGUGGUGAGGGUGGAGCACAAGGCCACCAAGCAGCCCUACGCCAUCAAGAUGAUAGAGACCAAAUACCGGGAGGGGAGGGAGGUGUGCGAGUCGGAGCUCAGCGUGCUGCGGAGGGUUCGUCACACCAACAUCAUCCAGCUCAUAGAGGUGUUUGAGACCCAGGAUCGGGUGUACAUGGUGAUGGAGCUGGCUACUGGGGGAGAGCUGUUCGACAGAAUCAUCGCCAAGGGUUCCUUCACGGAGCGGGACGCCACGCGCGUGCUGCAGAUGGUACUUGACGGCGUGAGGUACCUGCAUACGUUGGGUAUCACGCACAGGGACUUAAAACCAGAGAACCUGCUCUACUACCAUCCUGGCACGGAUUCCAAAAUCAUGAUUACAGACUUCGGGUUGGCCAGCGCUCGCAAGAAAGGGGAUGACUGCCUGAUGAAAACCACCUGCGGGACGCCGGAGUACAUCGCUCCCGAGAUCCUGGUCAGGAAGCCCUACACCAACUCUGUGGACAUGUGGGCUCUGGGUGUCAUCUCCUACAUCCUCCUGAGCGGCACGAUGCCCUUUGAGGACGACAACCGCACCCGCCUAUACCGGCAGAUCCUGAAGGGGAAGUACAGUUACUCGGGCGAGCCCUGGCCCAGCGUGUCCAACCUGGCCAAGGACUUCAUCGACCGCCUGCUCACGGUGGACCCCAGCGACAGGAUGACAGCCCUUCAGGCCCUGAAGCACCCCUGGGUGGUCAGCAUGGCGGCCUCCUCCUCCAUGAAGAACCUGCACCGUUCCAUUUCCCAGAACCUUCUCAAGAGAGCCUCCUCCCGCUGCCAGAGCACCAAGUCGGCGCAGUCCACGCGCUCCAGCCGCUCCACCAAGUCCAACAAGUCGCGCCGGGUUCGGGAACGGGAGCUGCGAGAGCUCAACCUGCGCUACCAGCAGCAAUACACGGGCUGAGCACCGUGCUGGGACCUGCCUGCCUGAAGUCUUUCCAGACGUCUUCUCUGUAGGCGUGCAGCACCCUUGCCUGCAGGUUCCUCCCCCUUCUUUCAGGUGUCCCCCCCUCCCCGUGCGGAGGAAAAGGAACCUCGUGGUGGCACUCGUGGGUCUCACGCAGGGUCUCACGCAGGGGAGCAGCUCUCGUUGGCUCAGAGCUCAGAGCCUCGAGCAACACACAGAUUGGGGAGCUGCAGACGAGGAGAAGAGCUCUUUCUGUAGCCCAGGAGCCUGGUCGUUCGUAGUUAUUUAUUAAUUCCACUCGCAUAUGGAAACAGAAUGGCUCUGCAUGUGCGCACGUAGCACGUACACACGUGUGGGUGGGUGUGUAUGUUUAAAACACUUCUAUACGCACACAUUCUGAGCUGGUUUAGUCACACUCUGUGGUGCCUUUGCAGUGAAGCUGGUGUGAGUCACAUGCAGUUAGAGCCAAGGCAGCCCUGACUCACGGCGUGCUGCCCACCAGCUUCUCGUCCCGGCGCAGCGCCACGGAGAUGCCAGACAGCAGUUAGUUGUGUGUGCGACGGCCGUGGAGCUGUGAGGAUCCCCAAAGGGCUGCCUGCCAUCAGCGUGCUGACAUCAAGGCUUUGCUCACGUCAUGCACAUGGGCAACCAUGGAGUCCCAUCCCUUCCUCCAUCCUGCCUGCGCGGGUGCUCCCCGGUGAGGGGCACCGAGAGAAGGAUCGUCCUGCAGGAACUUUGUGCUCCACAGAGAUGAAGGCAGUUCUUAGGGGUUCCCUUACUUGGAGUAGGAGCAGUGCCUACUGUGCAGGGUCUGUUCUUGUUGCCGUGAUGUGGCUUACUGUUACCAGCUGUGUUUCCAAUGCUUUGGUUGCUCUGGGAUGUUGACUGUCCCCUGCUAUUGCCAUCGGUCCCCUGGGGCAGGGGAGUGGUGGUGGGAGCUGGCAGGGCGACCACGAGGGCCUCCACAGGGGUAGAGUAGGGGCUUGGCUAGCAGAAGCCCAGUCCUGAAAUGACAGCAGUGAGAGAUGUGCAGAAACCACCGAGCUGGUAGAUACAGCUUAAAUCCACCAGGAAAAAAAUGGGCUUUCAGUUCUAUUGAGCUGAAAAAAGGAGACUUCUAGGGCUGUGCUUUCCACCCCGGUGCUAGGAACCUAACCACUUCACACAACUUUUGUUCCCAGGCUCAUGGUGGGGAACGUGACAGAGGAUCCGUAAGGACCACGGUCUCACACACUCGCAGCAGGGGUGAAUUCCAUGAGUCGCAUUGGAAGCUCUGCAUCCCUUACAGGCUGCUCUGUCCUGAGUGCCCACCUUUCCAUCAGCACUAACUGCUGUUGCAGAAUUACCAGCUGUUUUUCCUUUAGCUCUGUGGGCUACAAGAAAGAAAAACAGGUUUCUUCAGCUUCUUUUCUCUUUUGUUGUAGCCUUUCCUGGUUCGUUACCAAGAAUGAUGAACUAGACACAGUUUCUGAGAAAACAGGCAGAUUGCCACAUUCUGCUUCAUUAGCAGCUCGGUGCUCCUUGUAUCCCUGCAAACAGCUCUUCAGAAGCAGCAAGUACUUCAAGGCAGGUAUGAACUGGAAAAGUGCUCUUCCCCUUUACGUGAAGAGCUGGUCGGAUGCUUUCUCAGAGGGCUUCUGGUUAUGAGCCUCUACUUGAAGGAGUCUUCUGCUUGUUUGGAGCAUCGCAGCCGGGCACUGUGAUCUUUGUGUCCACUUUGGUGCUUUUAUAGCCCUCCCCAGAUUAUCUUGCAGGCUUGCCCAUAAAGCAGGUCUUUUACCUAUGCAAGGCAGUCAAACUGAUGGACUGAGCCAAGACCCCUAGAACCUGAGACCCUUUCCUUUAAGCACUGGGCCACUGACGUGCCCAGAUUUGUUUGUACCUACCUUGUCCCUGUGUGCUUCACGUGGGUGCGAGAGGGGGGUAGGAGGUUGAGCUCUGGUCUGACCAAGCCUGUGUCUCCUUCACGCAGCAGUGCAGCAGUCUUCUAAUCUGUGCCUUAAAACAAUUCCUUGGUGCCUUCAUUCUUGCAGCUGUGGCACGUUCUCAGCUAGGGGACAGGCAGUGCCACCAGUUGGGGUGCCUUCACUGCAGUCUGUCCUUUGAGGAGCUUUCACUGUGAACGAUCCUGCUCAUCUUCAUCUGUACUCUGCAGGGCCAUCUCAGCUCUCCAUUGAUCUGAUAUCUCAGGACUUUCCCCUUUUCAGAAGUGCCUUUGCCUGGGGAUGGUGGAAGUUAAGAUCUAUCGUGCUUUAUUGUUUUUUGUUUUCCACUUUCCUUCUUUGGCUCCUAAUGGUGGUUCUUAAUUUGGGUGACAAACCCAUUGCUGCAUCCUUGGGGUGCAGGCCUCAGUGGAGGGGUGCCGUUGUUGCCUGUACUUGGUUAAUAGGGUGAAAAUGAAGCUGGAAGGACACCUAGUGGCAAACUGCACCGUGUCCUCGUCCUGAUGGAGUUGUAGGGGGUCGAGGAAAUGUACGUUUGUCUUUUGGAACUUAGCACUACUGUGUAAAGCAGUCCUAUUGCUCUGCCCUGGAAGCUUCCCUGCUCUCUUGGGGAGAUGGAUACGGCCUCAGAGAACGCUGCGGGUCGAUUGCUGGGUAUUGUGGAGGGAAAUGAAUGUGAAAAGGUCUUCCAGCCUAAACAUUAAUAGCCUACAGGCUGUUCAGCUUUGCAUCCAGAUUUCUGAGUGCGUGAUGUAUUUGCCUGCACGUUUUGCUAAGAAGCAAUUGCUUGUCCAGCUGUGGUUCACUUCUUUACUCUUUCAGGCUUUUAGGAACUGACACAUCAGCCCAGGGGUAGCAGAUCCCCUCGCUCCUUCAGUCCAGGAGCAGCCUGUGCUGCUUAGCACUGAGACUGCAGCAGCAUCCAGCUGCUCCCACCCAUUCGAAGGGCUCUGCGUAGCAAUGUGAAAGUGGCAACACAGUGUCUGCAUUGCCUGUUUGUCUGGGGAAUGAGAGCGCCUCAAACUCUCUCAGCUGCUUUGGGAUUUGGAUGUUUUCAUAAAUCACAGAAGCAUUAAGGUUGGAAAAGACCUCUCAGAUCCCCAUGUCCACCCCUACCGUGCCCACUGCCCACGUCCCUCAGUGCCACAUCCCCGCAGCUCUGGGACACCCCCAGGGACGGUGACUCCCCCACCUCCCUGUGCAGCUGUGCCACUGCAUCACCGCUCUUCCUGAGCAGAAUUCGUUCCUGACGUCCAACCCGAUAUUUGGUCCUCCUUUAGUUCAGAUAUUUCCUGCUCUGCUAAUUUAAGUUUUCUCAUGCCCUGCUCUGUUUCUCAGCCCUGUUUUCCAGCAGAGCCGUAGCGUUAGCCUGGGGAGCACGAGUUGUGGCCAGCUGGGCUAUGGGGCAGCAUCUCUGGGUUGAGCUCCCUGCGAGCUGUGGUGAGCCGUGCAGCGACGCAGCAGCCAACAGGCGGUGCUUUGCAGGCAGGAGAGCGCUCCCAUUGACAUCCCUGCUGCGUGGGGCCAACGUUGGCUUUCACCUUGGGUUAUGCCAGUUGUCUGCGGGCAGAGUAAAGCAGAGGCUGGCUCUUUGGAGGUGGCACUGAAGGAUUCCCAAUGCGUUCCCUAUCUGUAGAAAGAUCCAGGUCGGCCCAUGGGUUUGGGCAGCUAUUUCCCAGCCUUCUUCAUCCCAGAAAGCAGCGUGCUGUGCCUGUUCCUCUCAGACCCCCAGCCCCAAGCUGCCUGCGCUGCCCUCGGGAGCUUUUUGGUGCUUCUCCUGACCACUCGGUCUCCUCUUCCAGCCCGGAUUCAGAAACGCAGCCCUCGGGUGCUGGGUGAGCAUCACCGAGGGGUGAAUCUGCCAGAAAAUGUGAAGCAGCAGGGAUGCUUUGUGCUAACAGCAUCACGGAGCGUGGUACCUUCCCCCCCUCGGUGUCCCUAUGGUGCAGAGAGCUGCCCCCCCUCGGUGCCACCGUGCCCUCCUCCUGCUGUCCCCCCCAUGCUAACACUGUACAUCCCAUGCGUGUGACCGCUGAGCCACUCCCUGCUGUUGCCCAGAUGUUGCACUGCGUCUCUUGAAUGUGGAACAAAUCCCGGCCCAAAGCAGAAACGAGCACCUAUCAGAUGCUGGGAGCCUUCCUGUUGCCUUUCACUGCGGAAAGACACCUCCUGGGGCAGCUCUGGGACCGGGGGACCUUCCAGUGCUCGCUGUUAUUUUCGGUCACCGAAUUUCCUGCACUCAUGUCCUGUUUGCUCCUAACGAAGCGCCCGGUUCCGUGCCUUGCCUUUUUGGGCCCUGGCUUUACAGACCGUCUCGUAGGAUGAGGUCUGAAGCGUUGUAAUUAGUCUGUAACGUUCUGGUUAGAGUGUACAGAGCUAUUUAUUUUGUGUACUCGGUCUGUUAAACACAGCAAUGUAUCCUGUGUACCCCGUC